AUGAAGAACACCUUCAUCUUGGUCGGCCUCAUUGCCCUUGCUACACAAGUAGUCGCGCACGCAACCUUUCAGGACCUAUGGUCUACCUGCGCUAGACUCCCAAACAGCAACAGCCCCGUUCAGUCAGUAACAAGUAACGACAUUCGUUGCAAUGCCAACCAGGGCCCCGCUGCCUCAAAAUGCAGCGUCCCCGCCGGUGGCACCGUGACUAUCGAGAUGCACCAACAAAACGGCGACCGCUCCUGCUCCAACGAAGCCAUCGGCGGCGCCCACUACGGCCCUGUCCUCGUUUACAUGUCCAAAGUCGCCGACGCAUCCACAGCCGAGGGCUCUGCACCUUUCUUCAAGAUAUUCCAGGAUACAUGGGCGAAGAACACGGGUGGUGGCGGUGGUUCAGACGAUUACUGGGGAACCAAGGAUUUGAACAAGAACUGCGGAAAAAUGGAUGUGAAGAUCCCUGCCAACUUGGCUUCGGGAGACUACCUCUUGAGGGCUGAGGCUAUUGCGCUCCAUGCUGCGAGCGGCCUGGGUGGUGCGCAGUUCUACAUGACAUGCUACCAGAUCACAGUUACUGGAGGCGGAUCGUCGUCACCUGCUGGCGUCUCCUUCCCUGGAGCGUACAAGGCUGCUGACCCAGGUAUUCAGAUCAACAUUUACCAGAACCUUGCCUCCUACGCCGCGCCAGGCCCGGCAGUCAUUGCAGGUGGUACCGAGGCCAUUGCUGGUCAAGCAGGAUCUGCUGUCACUGCUACCGGUGGAGCGCCGGUGGCUACGCCUACUGCAACCACGAUGAAGACAUCAGCAGUUGCUUCAUCUGCUGCGGCUGUGCCCACGAAUGGAGGUGGCUCUGGCGGAUGUACAGUUGCGAAGUUCGGUCAAUGUGGUGGAAGUGGGUGGGCUGGAUGUACUGCUUGUGCUUCUGGCUCUACAUGCAAGGCUUCGGGCAGUUACUACUCGCAGUGUGUCUGA